AUGCGAUCGGGAUCAGUCACUUGCACUCCAGCCCGGCACUUCUUCCGCACCCCUCUUCUCUCUCCACCCCUCCACAACUUUCACCUUCACCCCACUCCCCCACACUUCCAAAAUGUCCGGAAUCUGGGCAAGAUACAACGCGGCCCUCGUGGCCAAGCCGCUGCAAACGAAGACCAUGACGUCCCUGACCGGCUUCGUGCUGGGCGAUCUGGUCGCGCAAGGGCCGGAAAUCUCCAAAGGCAAGGCGUGGGACGCCAGGCGCACGGCCAAGAUGGGCGCGUUCGGCGUCGCCCUGCACGGCCCCAUCGGCCACUACUGGUACGGCUUCCUUGAUCGCACCAUCAUGACCGCCGCCCCGACCUCGGCCGCCGCCGUCGCAUCGAAGACCGCCAUCGAUCAGAUCUUCUGGGCCCCCAUCUUCACCUCCGUCUUCUUCGGCUCCAUGAAG